GUUGUUUUUACCUUGUAAAUCAACUAUCCACAUUAUCAUUCCCCUUUGUCAUUUAUCUCUUAUCAUCGCAAUCGCUUUUUACCGAUAACACUAGUCGUGUCAAUAAAAUUAAAUUACAAACAUGUUAAAUAAAAUUUACGUUUUUCUGAGCUCGUUGGUUGUCGCUCAAGCAACUGUCAACGUUUGUAUCCCUCUACAUUCAUCUUUUUCUGAAGAAGUUUCAAAUCCUGAUGAGUUAUUCAAAGAAAUAAAAGACGCAAUUGUGGCUCAAACCUCAAACAAGUCUAAUUUGCACAUUGAACAUUUGGACGUAAAUAUCAGUCAUCCAGCAAUUAGGGUACUCGGAACUCUUGAUGAUCUUGAUUUGUACCAUUUUCACGAAUUUGAUAUUUGUUUCCUGGAAAAUAUCUUCCUAAAUUUGAGUUACUACCAAUUUGAUGUUUUCAAUCUAACGUUCAGAAAUUUGAGAAUUGAAGGUAAAUACAAUAUUACUGGAGAUAUUGGUGACUUCUUUGACAUAUACGGAGUUGGUGAUUUUUGGAUAGAAUUGCUAAACUUUUCCAUCGCAAUGACCAACUUUAGCAUAAACGUAACCGACGAAAUCUGUUUACCCGUCAAUAUAGAUAUUAAUCUUCAACAAGUAAAAAACCAUUUUGAUAAAUUUAUGGACGAUCCUGAUUUAGAAAAAUUAUUCAACGACGCAAUAAUGGAUAUUUUACCUGAGACUUUUAACAUUCUCUGGGCCGAAAUGAAAGACAUUUUCGAUAAACCACUAGAAGAUGAAAUUAAUAACAUUAUUCAUCAUCAUAACAUUUCGGCGUUAAUGCAUACAUUAAGAAGGGCUCAAAAUGUAAAAACUGCGCCCUAUUGUUAUUCAACGUAUAAUUAAACACCUGGCAGGGUAAGAAAAUUCUCAUGUUGAUUAAGAUAUCAAUUUUUAUUUCAUGUUUAGAAAACAAAUUGUACAAAAAUAUUAAAUUGUAUCACACGUU